GCCGCUUCCCCAGUCCCCGCCUGCCCGGUGCGCGUCUCCGGCCCGGCCUCCCCAUGCAGUCCCGGCUCCUGUGCUUCAGCGGCGGCCCCGCAGCGCGGAGAGUCCGGCUCAUUCUGCGGCAGGUGGCGCGGGGCCGCCUGGCUGCGGAGAGGCAGCUGCAGCCGGAGGUCAGGGCGCUGCACGGCCCGGGAGCCGCCGCAGGGGAUACUGUUACUAUUGGAGAUGUGUCAUUUAAACUCAAAACACCAAAGAGCCCAGAACUUGUGCCACUGAACUACAUGUCAGACAAUUUGGCCCAGUCUGUAGUCCAACAUCUAAGAUGGAUAAUGCAAAAAGAUCUUUUGGGGCAAGAUGUUUUUCUUAUAGGGCCCCCUGGACCCCUUCGACGCUCUAUUGCCAUGCAGUACCUGGAGCUGACCAAACGAGAGGUUGAGUAUAUUGCACUAUCAAGGGACACCACAGAAACGGAUCUGAAACAGCGCAGAGAGAUCCGAGCUGGGACUGCUUUUUAUAUUGAUCAGUGUGCAGUCCGUGCAGCUACAGAAGGCAGAAUCCUUGUGUUGGAGGGUUUGGAGAAGGCAGAGCGGAACGUCUUGCCUGUGUUAAACAAUUUGUUGGAAAACAGAGAAAUGCAGCUUGAAGAUGGGCGCUUUCUUAUGUCUGCAGAACGUUAUGACAAGCUGCUACAGGAACAUACUAAAACUGAGUUAGAUGGAUGGAAAAUUGUUCGAGUAAGUGAAGAUUUUCGUGUGAUAGCACUGGGCCUGCCAGUACCUAGAUAUUCUGGUAACCCAUUGGACCCUCCUCUUCGUUCUAGAUUUCAAGCAAGAGAUGUUUAUCAUCUACCCUUUAAGGACCAUCUCAAGCUAUUAUACUCGGUUGGAUCAAAUGUUUCUGCACAGAGAAUCUCUCAGCUCUUGUCUUUUGCUACAACUCUCUGCUCCCAGGAGUCUUCUACGCUGGGACUUCCAGAUUUUCCUUUAGACAGUUUAUCAGCUGCAGUUCAGAUUCUGGAUUCCUUCCCUAUGAUGUCAAUCCAGGAUAUAAUCAAAUGGCUUUACCCUUAUCAUGUUCUAUUAGGAAAGGAAGGCAGGACUGCAGUAGAAGAUGCAUUAAAACGUUUUGAGCUCCAAGAUUCAGAAAGCCCUUUGCUUCCCAGUAGGAUUAAAAAAGUGGAACGAAUACAUGGCAGCAAGACCUUACAGGCUGAUGUAACUGUCCAGAUUGCUGAAAAAGAAGUGAAAUUCCAGGUCCCAGCUGGGACUAGAUCAUUAAAACUGUGUUCUGGAUCAGACACUUUCAUAAAGACUUCCAGCCAUAAGCAGCUGUUGGCAGAAAUGAUGCAGUCACAUAUGGUUAAGGAUAUGUGUUUGAUAGGCGGAAAAGGCUGUGGCAAAACAGUUAUUGCUAAGGAGUUUGCCAAUAUGUUAGGAUACAACAUAGAGCCUGUCAUGCUGUAUCAGGAUAUGACAGCUCGAGAUUUGGUGCAGCAAAGGUAUACUCUUCCAAAUGGAGACACUGCUUGGAGACCAUCUCCACUUGUUACUGCUGCCUUGGAUGGGAAGCUUGUUAUUCUUGAUGGUAUUCAUCGCGUCAACUCUGGCACCCUAGCUGUACUACAAAGGCUAAUCCAUGACAGAGAACUGACUCUUUAUGAUGGCACCAGAUUACUAAGAGAAGAUAGGUAUCAAAGUUUAAAAGAUGAACUGCAGCUCUCCGAUAAGGAACUACAGCAGAGGUCCAUCUUUCCAAUCCAUUCCUCAUUCAGAAUAGUUGCCCUGGCAGAGCCUCCUGUCAUAGGAAGUAGCACAAAGCAGUGGUUGGGCCCAGAGUUUCUAACUCUGUUUCUGUUCCAUAAUGUUAAGUCCUUUACCAGGAAUGAAGAAAUUCAAGUUAUUAAAGAAAUGAUUCCAAAUGUGCCUACGGUUGCGGUGGAACAGUUGUUAUCAUUAACACACAAGCUUCGGGAGACAAAUGACCCCACAGCACAGUCACUGGCAUCAUCUUUGUCCUCACGACAGCUAUUACGAAUUUGUCGUCGGCUAUCACAGUAUCCAGAUGAAAGUCUCUACCAUGCUGUCAAUAAAGCCUGUCUUUCCAGGUUUUUGCCAAAUCUUGCAAGAUCAGCUUUACAUAAAAAUCUGCUGGAUUCAGGGAUUGAGAUAAACCCGGAGGAUAUUAGGAAACAAGAGGAGAAGGAUUAUAGUUGUGAAAUACAUAAUGGGUUUCUGAGGAUUGGAUCUGCUACCAUGCCUAUUUAUAACCCCAAUGAGAAAAUGAAAGUGCCUGAUGUUCUGUUUUAUGAGAACACCCAGCAUAUGAUGGUGAUGGAGGAUAUGCUAAAAGACUUUUUGCUGGGAGAACACCUUCUUCUAGUUGGCAACCAGGGCGUGGGAAAAAACAAGAUUGUUGACCGAUUCCUUCACCUGUUAAAUAGACCUAGAGAAUAUUUACAGCUGCAUAGGGAUACCACUGUACAGAGCCUUACUCUGCAGCCUUCCGUUACAGAUGGUCGUAUUACAUAUGAAGACUCACCACUGGUGAAAUCAGUUAAGUUGGGGCAUAUUCUGGUUAUCGAUGAGGCAGACAAAGCACCUACAAAUGUUACCUGUAUUUUAAAAACUCUUGUGGAAAGUGGAGAAAUGGUUCUGUCGGAUGGAAGGCGCCUUGUUGCCAAUCCUGCUAAUGUAGAUGGGAGAGAAAAUGUAAUAGUAAUUCAUCCUGAUUUUAGAAUGGUAGUUCUAGCAAAUAGACCCGGAUUUCCCUUUUUGGGUAAUGAUUUUUUCGGCACACUAGGGGAUAUUUUUAGCUGCCACGCAGUUGAUAAUCCCAAACCACAGUCGGAACUGGCUAUGCUUAGACAGUAUGGACCGGAUGUUCCUGAGCCAAUCCUUCAGAAACUGGUGGCUGCUUUUGGAGAACUGAGGAGCUUGGCUGACCAAGGAAUUAUUAACUAUCCUUAUUCAACCAGAGAAGUUGUAAACAUAGUAAAACAUUUACAGAAAUUUCCAAAUGAAGGACUUGCAAAUGUGGUUCGAAAUGUGUUUGACUUCGACUCCUACAACAAUGAAAUGCGCGAUACUUUAAUCAGCACUUUGCACAAACACGGGAUACCCAUUGGAGCAAAACCUACCAGUAUACAACUGGCCAAGGAGCUACCCUUGCCAGACCAUAAAUUUAUGGGCUACUGGAGAAUCAAUCAAUCAGGGAACUCACGGCAGAAACUACUGUGUCCAACAGAAACUCAUCAGUUAAAUAUAAAGGGUCCAGUAUAUUUAAGUGUUCAGGGAUUUCCACUGGAACGGCAUGAAGCAAGGUCCCUCAGUUUCACAGAAGAACUUGCUUUUUGGACACUGCCUUUGAAUGAGGUUAACUUGGUCUGUGAUGUUGUUGUAGCAGAAGAAGAUGAGACUGAAAAUAUGCUCUAUGUGGCUACAUGCAAUCCAGUUUCCUUAUAUUUCAUGAAUGUAUCUAGUAAAAAUGGAUACUUUGUGGAUUGUUAUGACAUCUUCCCAAGAACAGUUGGAAGCAUAUGGCAACCCUUUGUGACUGUGGCACCUCUAGGAAAUCCACUCAAAGGACAAGUGAUUCUACAUGAAGAGCAGAGUAAUGUUGUCUUGUUGCUGGAUACGAAAACUGGUGCCAUUCAUAGACUUUUAUUCUCAUCAGAUACCCAAGAAGUUCCAAAGAGAGCAUCCUGGUGGGGCAACAAGGAGGAGCCGAUCAGUCACAAAAUGUGCAGAGAGUUUUCACAUAAAAACUGGCUGGUGUUCUACAAAGAAGAAGGAAACCACCUUAUUGUGCUGGAUGUACUGGAGGGUCGAACUCAUACUAUCUCACUACCUAUCAAUCUCAGAUCUGUUUUCCUAGUGGCUGAAGACCGUUGGCUCUUGGUGGAAAGCAAAACAAAUCAGAAAUUUCUUUUAACCAAGCCAGCGCAUAUGGUGUCUGAAGAGAGUGGAGUUUGCCAGCUGCAUGCAUUGAAUGAAGACCCAGUUGACAAGGGUUUUGGUUUAACAACAGCACCCGAUUUGUGUGUGCCGCACACAGUUUCAAGUGACCAACUAUCUUCAGAGAACCUAAGCGUAGCUGUGGGACAAAAGAUCAGCUCGCCCAACAGGAUUCUCUCGGAUGUGCAUAAUUAUGCUACUAUCGUUGUUGGCUUCCCAGAACUAAUGUCUCCCAAUGAGGUGUACAGCUGGAAGAGAGGCUCCUCGCUGGGCAGCCGACAUGCUUCUCCUUCUGAUCCAUUUUACUAUGGGAGUCGCAGUAAAACUGGAGCUGCAAAACAAAUUAAUUGUGUGACUUUAUUAGCUACUAAUCAAAUAGUCAGAAUUUUAGCACCUGGAGACGUCCCUUUGAAAGAACUUUAUCCAAAAGAUAUCACUCCUCCGCAAACAGCUGGGUAUCUGGAAGUAACAGACCUUAACUCAAAGAAACUUAAAUACAUCCCUAUUCCCAGAUCAGUGUCUCUCUCUCCAUAUACAUCAUGGCUGUUAAAGAUCUCGGACACAGAUGUUCUGUUGGCGCCACUGGGCAAAGUAGGUUUGGUUACAGUGGAUAUGGGCGGCAGUGUGAGGCUUUGGGAGACAGGACUUGACAGCCUACAGCGUUCUCUGCAGGACUGGAGAAACAUGAUUGGACAAGAGGAUGGUAGACCUGUGCAGAUAACCAUUGAGAGAGACAGUGGUUUGGAAGUGAGCUCCCCUAAGCAUGGAAAGACAGAUCCAGACAACAUGCCCCAUGUUGGUGGAAACACCUGGGCUGGUGGAACAGGUGGGAGAGACACAGCAGGGCUGGGUGGCAAAGGUGGGCCCUAUAGACUGGAUGCUGGCCACAAAGUUUACCAGAUAUCUCAGGCUGAGAAAGAUGCUGUUCCUGAGGAGGUGAAGAGAGCUGCAAGGGAGAUGGGUGAAAAGGCCUUUAAACAGAGAUUAAAGGAGAUCCAGAUGAGUGAAUAUGAUGCAUCUACUUACGAAAGGUUCUCUGGAGCUGUCCGAAGACAAGUUCAGUCUCUCCGAAUCAUCCUAGACAAUCUGCAGGCCAAGGGUAAGGAAAGACAAUGGCUGAGACACCAAGCUAUUGGAGAGCUAGAUGAUGCCAAAAUAAUUGAUGGACUAACAGGAGAAAAAGCCAUUUAUAAACGACGGGGAGAGCUUGAGCCAGAACUUGGUAGCCCUCAGCAGAAGCCUAAGCGUUUGCGCCUGGUAGUGGAUGUGUCUGGCAGCAUGUACCGCUUUAACGGGGUAGAUGGUCGACUGGAGCGUUCCAUGGAGGCUGUCUGCAUGGUCAUGGAAGCUUUUGAGAAUUAUGAGCACAAGUUUAAGUACGAUAUCGUUGGACAUUCAGGAGAUGGCUUCAAUAUUGCAUUGGUUGGGAGUGACAAAGUUCCCAAGAACAAUAAGCAAAGAUUAGAGAUUAUUAAGAUAAUGCAUGCCCAUGCUCAAUUCUGUAUGAGCGGAGACCAUACUCUGGAAGGGACGGAGCAUGCUGUUCGUGAAAUUGCCAAAGAAGAGGCUGAUGAAUAUUUUGUCAUAGUCUUGAGCGAUGCAAACCUUGAACGAUAUGGUAUCCCACCAGCAAGAUUUGCCCAAACUUUGACCAUCAACCCUCAAGUUAAUGCUUUUGCCAUAUUCAUAGGAUCCUUAGGAGACCAGGCAGACAGGCUGCAGAAGAUGCUACCAGCAGGCCGGUCUUUUAUUGCCUUGGAUACCAAGCAGAUCCCCCAGAUCUUGCAACAGAUCUUUACAUCCACCAUGUUGUCCAGUGCCUAAGAAGUUCCCGUUACUAAUAAAUAAUUAGACAUUGUAACAAGCGCAAUUCAGAAACAAGCUGGCUGGUGAAAGACAAAAUCAGCGCCUGAUGAAGAUAAGAACUAUAAAACUGAUAAAUAUAAUUUUCACAUUGAAAUAUUACAGUCCCUUAAUCGAAAUGCCAAAAACAACGCUGUAGCUUAGAUUUUGGGUGAAAUCGUACAGCAUAGCCAUCAGGUGACUUAAAAUUCUGCAUUCAGAGGGGUAAGAGAGUUCAAGGGGGUUGAUGUAGUGCACAGGAUAUCUGUGUCAAAUGAACAGAGGGACAGAUAACACAUCAUUUGUGAUCACUCUGGCUGAUAUAUUGCCAGCAGCUCAUUUUACUUGGUUUUAUUAGCAGUGUUUCUUGGGAUUGAAUACCAAGUUAUACAGCAAUGUGCAAGUCAGACCAAGCUAAUCUGCCCCACUGUUGUGUGUGCUGUGUUCAGAAUUAGAAAUGCAAGUAACUGCACAUUCGAACAAGACUGCUCAUCCUGAUCUGCAUCCGACCUUUGCUAUUGGAUGUCAGGAACAAUAGAAUGGUGUGGAAGCACAGAACAUUGCAUUAUAAACAUACAUUCUUAGAUCUGGAGCACAGCUCAGAGUAGUGAAAAUCCCUAGAAAAAAGUUAAUUUAUUUUUUCCUGGAAAGACAGAGCUGAAAGGGGUCAAAGUGGUCUAAGACCCACCUAUGCACCACCAUGGCUUUCCCUCUGCAUGGUAGCAGAUGAUGAUGUCUAGUUUCUCUGUUGCCAGGAAUCCUAGGAAAGGACCUCUUCCCCCAGGGGCUGGAUGUGCUCAUGGUUUUUUACAUUUUGCUUCCAUUUCAAGAGCUCUUUGGACUUUCUGUUUUGGUUUCUAAAAUGUGAAGCUGGAGGGCAGAUCUGUGUGUCAGAAAAUGACUUUUAAUAAAGAAGAAAAUAAGUAAAAAGGAAAAAUAGAUCAAGAGAGUAAAAGUAUGUGGUUUUCGUUUUGGUAGGAAAUCUGUGUUUUGGGGUCUUCUUUUAAUGCAGACCACUCUCACUCUGUGCAUCUUUUCUGUUGUAAGUAUUUUCCUCCCAUUUCCACAUUCUCAAACAGGAACUCUUGCUUUAGAAUUAAAUUGGUUGAAGUUUGUACUGCACUCUGAAGAUGAAAAUCCCUAGAUGGGGCUAACUAAUAGUACUUUUGCAAUCACUGUGCUUCAGGAAGACUGGAAUACUUAAUAAAUUGAAUUCACCGUCCUACCGCGAGUAACUGUUAACUGUCAUCACCACCAAUAAAAAGACCCUUGCCCCAUCGCUGAUUAUUAUAAACUAUUAUAAAGAGAUGAAAGGUGAAAGAAAGAGCACUGUCUCCAAUCAUGCUUAGAAGUUGUGGUACUUCAUUGCAAAAACGAGCUUACCCUGGCAAGCCGCAUGCCAGAGGUUGCUGACCCCGGUAUAGAACAUAUCACCUCAGAUUAUUAAAAAUGUUUAAAAUCUAAUGUACUAGUUAUUUAUGCUAUUUAUUUAUGUGCAGUUCUCUCACCUGGCAUAAUGAAAAUACUUGUUUUAUUUUGUUUCCAGCCAGUGUCUGUUCAAUUUUACUUUCAGAUUCCAUUUACUAACAGCAUGCUGCAGUGAUUACAACCCAAACACUUAAAGAGAAUUAUUUUUAAAGCGUUUUCUGGUGAAAUUUAAGACACUCCCCCUCCUCACCGCCCGCUCCCCCAAACCAUGAAAUGAUUUCAGUUGGUUCUGGAAGGGUCUUUACUUAUGUGUCUCACUUCUGGAACAUAGUUGACCAGACAGCAUCCCUUUACAUUGUUAUAAUAUGAUGAGAAAUUCCAUCUGGACUCUCUAUAUCUCACCUGCUUUAAUAUCCAUCACUCUGGCAUUGAGAAAUCAAAAUAGCAGCUGUUCUUCCCCUCCCUCUAGAAUCUACAAAAAAAAAAAUCUGCUGCUCAGCCAGUUAAUAGAAGGAUUUGGCAAACUCACACUGGUCUUCCAUGUCCUUAAGUCGUGACAGAGCUUUCAAGUAUGCAUUUAAUUAAAACAGUUAUGAGAAACAUAUUGAUUAGCUGUUCACUUCAGCACUGCCUGUUUAGCAUCUGUAUUUGUUAAUAUUCCAGAGUCCACCAAAGCACAUGUACCAACAAUCCCCUUAAAUUGCCAUUUGAUUUAAUAAGACUUAUUGUAUCGUAAAAGGACAUAUGACUUCUCCUUUUCUCACUGUUUAUUAUACCAUCUUAGAAGUUUUGAAACAAAUCUAUUAUUUACUGAACUGUCAUUGCUUCGUUGCAUGGGUAUUAUUGUUUGUUUUUGUAGGGUUCUGAUUUACUGCAACUGAUGUUACAUUAGCAUCCUUGCUUAAAUAAUCUUAACUACCUCUAAUAAUGCAAUUUUUUAAUUGGUUUUCAUUAAAAUCAUUAAACGAUUGUGUGUAUAAAGUGUAAUCAUACUGAAUAUUUGUUGUUUUUCAUUUCAAGCAACAUGAGACAGCCUGAUAUAUUUAUUAUCAUCAGGAUUAUGAUGCAUACUGCAGCAAAUGGUAUAAAUGGAGCACAGAAUGUAUUCUGCUGGAAUGUGAAAAGUGCAUUAGACAAGCACAUU